AUGAAAUUUUUUGAAAUAUUAUCAUCGAUUUUUAUGCUUUCAUGUAGUAUAUUAGGUAUUAUUUGUUCAUUAUUACUUAUUAGUGUAAUGAUUACUGCUCGUCGUCAUUGUACACCUAUCGUCUUAAUUAGUCUUAAUACAGCAGUUGCUGGCUUUAUUAUUAAUACAAUUUAUGCUUCUCAAGCAAUCUAUCAAAUGAUUAGUGAUAGUUCUGAUGUUUUAUGUAUAUUUCGAGGAUUCUUGCUACAUACUUCAACAGGUCUUUUCUAUCAUACGCUUUGUAUUCAAGCAAUUUAUCGUUUAUUUGUAACUGUUUUUGCACAACGACGAAAUCUUCAAUCGAACUAUACUAUUAUACCUAUUGUUGUUAUUCAAUGGAUUAUUUCUAGUAGCUUUGGAAUUCCCAUUCUCUUAACGAGACGAAUUCGAUUUUAUGCUGAAGGUCGAAUCUGUCAGGUGUCCAUAAAUAAUAUAUUUGGCUUUAUGUAUCUUGGAACAUUUAUCUAUUUCUUACCUUUAUCAAUAAUUAUCUAUAUAUAUAUUACAAUAUUAAACUAUACGAAACGAAAUAUUACAAUUCCAGGUGUUCGUCAACGUAUGAUUGCACAAACACGUCAUCGACGUGAACUACGAAUUACACGGCGUAUUCUUAUUCUUGUUUUCAUACUAUUUAUAACUGGAUUUCCAUAUGCUGUAUUUUUUCUCCAAGCCAAUGUAUAUCGAUCAUCAUUAUUACCAUAUGGUCAUAGAAUAAGUUUUAUGUUUAUUGCUUUUGGUCAAGCAUUAAGCAUGCUAUCUACAUUAGUCAGAACUUAUGGUACUAAAUGCACACUUUUAAAAACCUUAUCGUAA